CAACCCCAAACCCCCUGCCGGCGAUCUCCCCACCCACCGAUGGCCGGCGAGCCUGCCCCCACGCCCGCCGGCCCCUCAGCGGAGCCCGAAACCGAGGCUGAGCGCCUCCUUGCGCUGGCCGAGUCCGAGAUCUCCGAGGGGCGCCUCCGCGCGGCCCGCAAGCACGCCCGCCGCGCCGCCCUCCUCGACCCGGCCUCCUCGCGAGCCGCCACCCUCGCCACCGCCGCCAACGUCCUCGUCGCCGAAGACUCCUCCCACCACGCCGUCCUCCUGCUCCCGGACGACAAGUCCUCCUCGCCGCUCUCCGCCUCCGCCCUCCGCCGCCACUUCAGGUCCCUCGUCAAAUCCCUCCGCUUCAGCCCCGACGACUUCGCCGCCUCCCCCGCCGUCGCCGCGGCCGUCGAGGAAGCGCUCGGCCGCGCCGCCGGGGCUUACGAGGCGCUCACUGCCCCGCCCCCGCCCCCGCCCCCCGCCCCGGCCACCUUCUGGACGGCCUGCGCCGGCUGCCGCCUCCUCCACGAGUUCGAGCGCAAGUAUGUGGGCUACCGCCUCGUGUGCCCCUCCUGCCACCGGACCUUCCUCGCCACCGAGAUUCCGCCUCCGCCGGAGGCGGGGUCGGAAUCCCCUACACCUGCGCCGCCGCCGGCCAAGAAGCCCAAGACCGAGAAACCGGAGAUGACGCUCGCCGAGAUAAAGCUCAAGCUCGCCAAGAAGAGAGGGGCAAAGGCUCCCAAGAGGUCAUCCAGAGGCGAGGUGGAGCAGGAAGACGGCGAGGAGGUUGAGGCGGGGAACAUUCUUGGGAAUUCCGACCCCAUGGCUAUGGUGGACUCUGACUUCUACAACUUCGACGCCGACCGCGGCGAGCGGUGCUUCAAGAAAGGCCAGCUCUGGGCUUUGUACAGCGAUGAUGAUGGCAUGCCGCGCUACUACGCAUUGGUAGAGGGGGUGCUGCGAGGCAGCCGAUUCCGCAUCCAGAUACGGUGGCUUGAUGGCGAGGAGGGGAAACCAUGUGGGCAGUUCAAGGUUGGGAGUGCAGAGACACUGCAUUCAGUCAAUGUCUUCUCACAUCUUCUCACCUGCGAGAGGGUGGCGAGGGAGGUGUACCGGGUUUACCCCAGGAAGGCCUCGGUUUGGGCAUUCCAUGGUGACCAGGCAAGCAGCACAGGGAGGGGAAGGUAUGAAAUUGUGGUGUUUCUCAGUGGUUGCAGUGAGCAGUAUGGUGCUACCUUCGGCUAUCUGGAGAAGGUGGAAGGUUUCAGAAGCAUCUUCAAACGCCGGGAUGUUGGUGCUCAUGCUGUGCAAUCCCUUCAGAAAGGUGAUAUUGGGGUGCUUUCGCAUCAGAUACCAGCGAAGAAGGUGUCCAAGGAUGAGGGAUCAGUGCUGCCUCCUGGGGACUGCUGGGAGCUUGAUCCUGCAUCCUUGCCUCCUGAGCUUCUGCAUCUUGAACGACCAAGGAAAUGACGAAGGUUGGAUGUGUUGUGUAGGAUUGACUGUGCAUAGCAUACGAAUCGCAGAGAAAGGCUGUUGCUUUGGUCUGCCACGCCAAAUGGUGUCUUGGUGUGGGGAUGCAUCUGCUUUGCCAACUCUACCUGGGCAUUUGCUCCAUGUUUAUGAUCCUUCUUCUGGUAGCAGGGGCGGAGCGCCCGGUACGGCGACGUAUGGCGCUCGCCAUACCUCGCUCCGGCCACCAAAACCCAUAGACACUAUGUAGCUGCCGUUGUGGUUUCUGAUUUGAAGGAAAGAAGUUGCUGUUUUGGUCGCCA